UUCCUUCUCUCCUUCCAGUAUUCUUUCUUAUACCAUAAGCAACUAUGGCUUCUAAGACUUUCCUUCUCUUGGGUCUUCUAUUGGCUGUUUUUCUGCUCAUCUCUUCAGAGGUGGCAGCCAAAGAUCUUGCUGAGACUUCCUCCGACAAAGAGCAAUUGGAUGCCGAGACAAACGAGCUAGACCAAUAUGGAAGGUAUCCUGGAGGCGGACGUGGAGGUGGAGGACGGGGAGGAUAUCCAGGUGGAGGACGGGGAGGAUAUCCAGGUGGAGGACGAGGAGGAAACCCAGGAGGCGGGCGUGGAGGUUACCCAGGUGGAGGACGCGGAGGAAACCCAGGAGGCGGGCGUGGAGGUUAUCCAAGAGGACAGUGCCCCUACGGUUGCUGUGCUCGUGGUGGGUAUCAUAGAGGAGGUUACUGUGACUAUUGCUGCUCUUAUGCUGGCGAGAAAGCUCAGGCCACUCCCUAAA